AUGGUUGUAGCCCUCGACAACCACCUUCACACCCCCAUGUACUUCUUCCUGAUGAAUCUGUCCAUUGUAGACCUUGGCUCCAUCUCUGUGAUUGUCCCCAAAUCCAUGGCCAACUCCCUCAUGAACACCAAGUCCAUUUCCUAUGCUGGAUGUGUUGCCCAAGUCACCAUCUGCCAACCACUGCACUAUGAGACAAUGAUGAACAUCAGAGCUUGUGUUCAAAUGUCAGCUGGUGCCUGGAUCAGUGGGAUUCUCUACUCUGUGUUACACACCGGGAACACAUUUGCUUUGACCUUCUGUGGAGGCAACAUGGUGGAUCAGUUCUUUUGUGAGAUCCCCCAGCUACUCAAGCUCACCUGCUGUGACUCAUAUCUUAGUGAAGUUGGGGUUCUUGUCUUUAGUGUGGGUUUAGUCUUAGGCUGCUUUAUUUUUAUCACUGUGUCGUAUGUUCAGAUCUUCAAAUCAGUGCUCAGAAUCCCCUCUGAACAAAGCCGGCAUAAAGCCCUAUCCACCUGCCUUCCUCACCUCAUUGUGGUCUCCUUGUUUGUUUGCACUGCCAUCUUUGCCUACCUGAAACCCACCUCCAACUCCCCAUCUGCUCUGGAUCUUCUGAUGGCUGUUCUCUAUUCUGUAUUGCCACCAAUCAUGAAUCCAGUUAUCUACAGCAUGAGGAACAAGAAGAUCAAAGCUGCCUUGAGGAGACUGACUGGGUGUAGGUAA